AUGUCUGCCACUCUGCUCCGCAACUCCGUCGCUCGCACUGGCCUUCGUGCUGCCGGCUCCCGCCGCGCUGGCCUCGCUGGGACCAGCUUCGUGCGCACCAAGGCCACCCUCCCCGACCUCGCCUAUGACUACGGCGCGCUGGAGCCGGCCGUCUCCGGCAAGAUCAUGGAGCUCCACCACAAGAACCACCACAACACUUACGUGACCUCGUACAACAACUUCUCCGAGCAGAUUGCGGAGGCUAAGGCCAAGGAUGAUGUUGCUGCUCAGAUUGCCCUGCAGCCGCUCAUCAACUUCCACGGAGGUGGUCACAUCAACCACACUCUGUUCUGGGAGAAUCUGGCACCCAAAUCGCAGGGCGGCGGCGAGCCUCCGUCGGGCGCUCUUUCCAAGGCCAUCAACGAGAGCUACGGAAGCCUCGACGCUUUCAAGGAAAAGUUCAACACUGCUCUCGCCGGAAUCCAGGGCAGCGGUUGGGCCUGGCUGGUCCAGGACGUUCAGACCGGCAACAUCGGGAUCAAGACGUACCAAAACCAGGACCCUGUCGUAGGCCAGUUCCGUCCGAUUCUCGGCAUCGAUGCGUGGGAGCACGCCUACUACCUUCAGUACCAGAACAGGAAGGCUGAGUACUUCAAGGCCAUCUGGGAGGUCGUCAACUGGAAGGCGGCCGAGAAGCGCUUGAAGUAA